CUCUUUUCUUCGUCUUCUUCUCCAGACUGAGCCUGUAGAUUUAGGGUUCUUAAAUGCUCUCAGUCUACACUCUUGGAUUGUUUACAUUGUGGGUCUGUUGAAGGGGAGAGAGAGAUAGAGAGAGAGACGUUCCUGGGUGUGUUUGAUUCUUCAGAUAAUCAAGAGAUGGAUAUAUCUGAUGAGAACAAACCUACAUUGAGUAAACUAACAAACUUACAAGGUGGUUCAGAAAUGGGUAGCAGAAAGUUUGGUGUGGAGAUCAGACACAACCGAAGAGCUUUGGGUGUAAUUAAUCAGAAUUUUGGUGGUGUUCAUCCUUACCCUUGUGUCGUCAACAAGAGAGCUUUGUCAGAAACAAAUGGAACAUGCCAUAAGAAUCCUCCCAUUCAAGUUCAUCGACCAAACACAAGAAAAUUUGCUACUGAUAUGGCAAGCUCACAGCAACCUUGUCCUGAGGAAACUAAGAAAUCAAGACCAUCAGUUGAUAAUUUUACCGUAUGGGAGGAUGUUCCACAAACAGAUGAGGAUGAACAUCAAACAGAUAGAGACAAACCUGUACCAAUGUCCUUGGAACACUCAGAAGCAGUGUUGAAUGAAAAAGAUCAAAUGGAGGUUGAAAUGGAGGAUAUAUUUGAAGAGCCUGUUAUGGACAUUGAUGGCUGUGAUGCAAGGAAUCCACUUGCAGUUUCUGACUAUGUGGAAGAUCUCUAUGCCUACUAUAGGAAGAUGGAGAGUUCUAGCUGUGUUUCACCAGACUAUAUAGAACAACAGUUUGACAUCAAUGAGAAGAUGAGGGCUAUCCUAAUAGACUGGCUAAUUGAGGUACACCACAAGUUUGAACUCAGGGAGGAGACAUUAUUUCUGACUGUCAAUCUUAUAGACAGAUUUUUAGCUAAACAGUCGGUGGUUAGAAAAAAACUGCAAUUAGUUGGUUUGGUUGCAAUGCUCUUAGCAUGCAAAUAUGAGGAAGUUUCUGUCCCAGUUGUGGAUGAUUUAAUUUUCAUUUCAGACAAGGCCUACACUAGAAAAGAAGUCCUUGAAAUGGAGAGGUUAAUGCUCAACACAUUACAGUUCAACAUGUCGGCUCCUACCCCAUAUGUUUUUGUGAAAAGGUUCCUCAAGGCUGCUCAAUCUGAUGGGAAGCUUGAGCUGUUGUCUUUCUUCUUGAUUGAGCUUUGUCUUGUCGAGUAUGAGAUGCUCAAAUUUCCACCAUCUUUUAUGGCUGCCGCUGCUGUCUAUGCUGCUCAGUGUACCCUUUAUGGGUUCAAGCAAUGGACUAAGACCUGUGAGUGGCAUACCAGCUACUUGGAAGAUCAGCUUUUAGAGGCCUCAAGAUUGAUAGUGAGUUUCCACCAAAAAGCAGCAACAGGAAAGCUUACCGGAGUGCACCGAAAGUACAACACAUCAAAGUUUGGUUAUGCGGCGAAAUGUGAGCCGGCCAUUUUCCUCAUAGGGACCCAACAUUAGGCAGAGCAUGUAUAGUUGCUAACUUUAUAUGACUUCUGUAAUUGGCCUGAUUCUCAACAGGGAGAUUUGUUAUAAUUGGGCGGUGGGGUGGGGUACAAAAUAAUUCAGCAACUUAGGUUGCCCUGGGGAUUAAUUUUCUGAGUUUUUUAGGAUGCAGCCAUGGUUGUUACAUUUCCAUACACCCAUGGUUGUGCACUAUUGUGUUCAAUUUUGUGAACACACCUUAACAUUACCUUUUCUGUUCCAUUUGAUAAUAAAUUACAGAUCACACC